CUGUGUUCUACCAUUUUCUACCUGUAGCCACAGUUUCAGUGCAAGUGAUUUCCGUUACUAGAUGGUGCCUUUAAAUUCCUAUCGAAUGUUGUCCAUGCGGUGGAUCGCCUUCCUGAUUGUGUGUUCCUUCAUCGUCGAUCGUUGCAUUGCGUUGCAAGAGGGUGAAUCAUGUACCCACCAGGGCGAGCAAGGUGUCUGCACACCGUUCUCGAAAUGUGUACGGGGCGUGAGGAUCACCGUAUGCAGUUACUCCGCACAGGAAGCGAUCGUGUGUUGCCCUCAAUCACAGCAAAUCCGAACUAACAACGUCCCGCAGACGGCUCCAUUCGAAUCAACUAACCGUGAUUUGGGGACACGAAAAAGUGUCCAAAUGUGCAACGAGUAUAAGAAACUGACUACGGAACGUGUGGCCAUCAGUUCACUUACGCUGAAUCCGACACUAGUCAACAUCGAUGUACCAAAAUGUGACACGGUGGUUAAAUUGAUCGUUGGAGGAAAUGCAACGAAACCCGGGGAGUUUCCUCAUAUGGCAGCGAUUGGGUGGCCUAAACCGACCGGAGGGUACGCAUUCGAGUGUGGAGGAUCGCUGAUCAGCGACUUGUACGUCUUAACGGCUGCCCACUGCUAUUUGGAGUCAGAUGAUGGUGCCUUGCCGUCGAUCGUGCGUCUCGGUGAUCAAAACCUCUUGCGUUCAGACGACGGAGCCGAACCGGAGGACUACGAUAUCCUGCGAUUCAUCCUGCACCCACAGUUUCGUCGUAGCGUAGGCAAAUAUAACGAUCUGGCUCUAAUUCAACUCCGAUCGCGCGUCGACUUUACUAACUUUAUCCGUCCCGCUUGCCUUUAUGACUCGGAUGACAUUAACGCGCGGACGGCGAUAGCGACUGGAUUCGGGCUACUAGAAGGUUUCGGUAUCAAGUCGGACGACCUGCGUAAAGUGGCACUGAACAUCUACGACAACGCUCUGUGCGCCGAACAGUAUAUAGCCAACCGUUUCGUACGGCAAGGGAUUAAAGACACGCAACUGUGUGUUGGUGAUCUGGCUGGUGGUAAGGACACGUGUCAGGGGGACUCCGGCGGACCGUUACAGAUUACACAUGAAGAAAAUCAAUGCAUUUUCUACAUCAUCGGCGUAACAUCGUUUGGAAAGGUCUGCGGCAGUUCCACACCGGCAAUCUAUACUAGAGUGACUCCCUAUCUCAGCUGGAUUGAGUCAGUAGUGUGCUUCCGAGACGCACACGAAGGAAGCGCUCCAGGGAAAGCCCCGGCAGAUAAACAAAUAAUGGCGCCAGCGAUCGAGUACGUCUCCCGGUGGUGGCUCACAGCCCUUACCCUAGGUGCGAUCGGUUUUGGUCGCGCGCUCGCCUCCGGCAAUGAUGGCGAUUCAUGUCUAUAUGGCAAUGCACCAGGAAUCUGUCGUGGUUACAGUAGCUGUCGGGCGCUGUUGGAGGAGUCGCGUGUGGUUAAGAUUUGUGGUUACACGGCCCAGCAAGCGAUCGUCUGCUGUCCGGCGGACUACGAGCAACGGUUGCAGCAGUUAUACAGUCAGGACUCGCGCAUCAGUGAACGGAAGUGCCGCGAGUACAGUCGAAAGCCAUCAGCUCUGGUUGGAACACUUGGUUUCGGUUCGUCGGUAGUAAAGAUCAAACGACAGCAGUGCCCGAAGGAGCAGAACCUCAUCAUCGGUGGUACGCAGGCACGCGCCGGCGAGUUUCCACACAUGGCCCGGCUGGGUAUUCCGGACGAGCGGGGCAUAGUGGUGUUCCGGUGUGGCGCUACGUUGAUCAGCGAACAGUGGGUAAUGACGGCGGCCCACUGUCUCGAGUCGACGGACAUCGUUGUCCGGCUCGGCGAGCUGCGAGAAGGCGAUACGGAGUUUGAGGACCCAGUCGACGAGCGUGUGGUGCAGAUCGUCAAGUAUCCGACCUACAAACGUCGCACGGUGUACGACGAUAUUGCUCUGCUGAAGCUGCAGAACGGAGUCAGCUUUUCGAAUCGCAUCAGGCCUGCCUGCCUGUACAGUUCAUCUGAAAUCGAUCGGACGAAGGCGAUAGCCACCGGGUUCGGAUCCACACAGGCAUACGGACCAACGUCCAAAGAGUUGCAGAAGGUAACGCUGGACCUGUUCUCAACGCCCGCCUGCGCAGUGUACUUCCAGCGGAAUCCGCGCGUACCGCAGGGCCUACGUGACACGCACCUGUGCGCCGGAUAUCUGGCCGGUGGACGGGACACCUGUACGGGAGAUUCGGGUGGUCCAUUGCAGAUCUACUCGGGCGAUGAGAGCAGUUGCGCGGUGCAGGUGAUCGGUAUCACCUCGUUUGGCAUCACGUGCGGUACUAGCACGCCCGGCAUUUACACGCGCGUCUCGGAGUACCUCGAUUGGAUCGAAGCCGUGGUGUGGCCAGAGGAAGCCACGGCCACCCGCGGAAGCAGCAACCAGUUUGCGUUCAGCUGAACGGCAGACGGAUUUACAAGGGCCUUAGCGGAAGUUCGAUGCGAAUCGCUUUGACAAGACCUAGGUACGCGAUCGUGUAUAAUGGGUUUUAAUUUUAUUUAUGUUAUCUAUUACGAAGGAAAACAAACUACGACGAGUGAAAUAAACAUACCUUACUGUUUUGUCACGAAUAAUGUAGGAAAAUGAUGAAAAUAAAUGUGAAUAAAGUCUAAUCAACAAACCAGAGA